CUGAGAUUUAAACUAUAAAAGGGCGUUUUUAUUCCACCUCUUUUUUUUUCUUUCAUUUCAAUCUAUUUUUCUUCAUGUCUGGACUCAAGAAUAAUAAACGAGGCAGACCCAAGCGAAAUAAUAUCACGGCUUUACAGCAACACCAGCUGAAUGAAGCUACGACCGAAGCCGAUACUGCCUUUCAAAACUUGGAUAUUCAACAACCUUUGACCAUUGUCAAGGCCAAUGUCGAAGAGGACACCACGAUUAGCACCAGCAGUGCCAACUCUGUUGUUCCUGAAUCGCUGGUAGCUCGUCUUCCUAAAGUACAAUACGAAAAACGCGAGCAACAAGAAGAGGAGGAAGGUGAAGAUUAUGUAGCAGAACAAAACUAUCAACAAGAACAUUUGUUAUCACUUCAUCAUCAAUCACAGCCCAACUACCCAGAUCUACCUUACAAACGACCAGAGAAUCAUUAUAUUCACUAUAUCGAACCCUCUGAUGUUGAACUGUAUGAGUCUGUGGAAUAUGAUAUGGAUGAACAAGACAAGGAAUGGCUUCAACUGUAUAACGCUGAACGAAGAAAGGAAUCUCCUGGUGAAAUUUCGCCUUACUUAUUUGAAUGUAUCAUGGAUAAAUUGGAAAAAGAGUGGUUCCAUCUCAUAAAAAACGCCCCUAAAUUAGAUACCGAACAAGUCAUUUUACCCGAAGAUUCUGCUUGCGCAGUAUGUGAUGACACCGAAGUAGAAAACAGUAACGCCAUUGUCUUUUGUGAUGGUUGCAACGUUGCCGUACACCAAGAUUGUUACGGCAUCCCUUAUAUACCCGAAGGUCAAUGGCUCUGUAGAAAAUGUAUGAUCUCACCCGAAUUUCCCGUCUCCUGUAUCUUUUGUCCCAAUGAAGGCGGUGCUUUCAAACAGACAAAUACAAACCAAUGGGGUCAUCUCCUCUGUGCUAUUUGGAUACCAGAGGUAGGUGUCAGUAAUACCAUCUAUAUGGAACCUAUCGAUAUGAUUGGCAAUGUUCCCAAAAGCAGGUGGAAAUUAACCUGCUUUAUCUGUCGAAAACGAGAGGGUGCUUGUAUCCAAUGUGAUAACAAGCAUUGUUUCUCUGCUUUCCAUGUCACUUGUGCUAAAACUGCCAAACUCUGCAUGAAAAUGAACUCACAUACAUCUCAAUCUGAGGGUGUCAUUCUCAAAGCCUAUUGUGAUAAACACACUCCCAAGGAAUACUCUGUCGAAAAGACAUCUUCUACACCGCCUGUUGUUGAAACACCACCAGAAAUUCCCUCCGGACGUAGCAGAGGACGCGGUCGAGGUCGAGGUAGAGCCAAAUCUUCGUCUCUAGGUAAAAAGCAACAACAAGAAGAGUUCAAUAAUGUGGCAAAUAACAAGGUGGCGCGUGCGCAUCAACACCAUUAUUCCACUGGCGCUCCCAUUGCUCCUGAUGCUAUUUUAGCCAAAAUCGAUAAUUUACCUUGUGUCAAAAACUCGGGUAUUCGAAAAAGACCACAGAUGGUUACUGCUAUUGCGCAUUACUGGUCUUUAAAACGAGAGUCCAGAAGAGGUGCUCCUUUACUCAAGCGUCUUCAUCUCGAGCCUUGGACGGCUUCGUCGAAAUAUAAUCGUGGAGAAAGUGAUUUAUUAUUACGCCAAUCUGUCAUUACACAACUUCGAGACGACCUGGAAAAGAUCCGUCUCUUAUCGGAGCAAGUACAAAAACGUGAGCGUCAAAAACUGAUUCGUACCAAAGAACAAAAGACUUAUAUCGAAAUGAUCUUGUUCCCAUUGGAAUAUGUCAUUCGUCCCAUUCUCAAGCAAUUCAUGACCAUUGACAAGAAGAAAUAUUUCCUGAACCAUGUCACGGCAGAAGAAGCACCGGAUUAUCAAUCCUUGAUUGCUCAAAGUAUGUGCUUUUCAGAGAUUUACGAAAAGAUGGUAUCGCAUCACUACACAGACCUGGAUCAGUUUAAGCAUGAUGCUUCUCUCAUUUGGGAGAAUAGUAUGGAUUACAAUGAGGCAGAUACGCAAUAUUAUAGAGUCGCCACGCUCUUGAAAAAGGCCUCUGUCAAAUUGUUUCAAAAGGCCAAGGAACAAAUGUCUCGUUUUGAGUUAAACGGUGGUAUGUGGAACGAACCCUUUGAUCCUGCCAUCUUUGAUUAUCUGCGUCAAGAGGAAGAAGAAGACGUUGUCGUGGUCGUUGAUGAACCAGCUCCCAUCGAACCAGCCACUGUAUCAUUACCCACAGUGGAGGAAAAUCCUAAGCAGCAAAAUAUACCACCAUCAACGCAAACACCCCAUGAAGUGCAUGAGCAUUCUAUUCAAUCACUUGAUGUCUCAAAGGAACAAACACCACCACUGCCACCGCCAGUGACACCACUACCACAAGUAACACCACUACCACAAUCAACACCAUUACCACAAGCAACACCACUACCCCAAGCGACACCACGACCACAAAUGACACUACUACCACAAGUGACACCACGGCCACAAGUGACACUACUACCACUACCAUCAACACAACCAACAAGCACAUCCACUUAUUUUGCAGAGCAACACAAGUUGGAACAGCAACGAAAGGAAAAACGUGAGCAAAUUCGAUUGUUGGAAGAAGCAAAGAAAGCUCAAGCUGCUAUGACAGGCGAACAAGGUUCCAUCAUCAACAAUCCUACAACCAUGGAUUCCUUAUUAGGCCCACCACCACCAGCAGUAGCAGCAACGACAACCACUGAAUCCAGAGAGACCAACAAUGUGAAACGUGAGCCUACGAGUAGAUCGAGUAUGAAGCGAAAAGAAAUCUCUGGACCUUCUCGAUUAACACGUAGUGCAGGACUCCAAGCCAGUAUACAAGAACUCACGAAACGACCCAAGAUAUCACAAGAAGCACGAGCAUUGUUUGCCUCGUAUAAUGGAGUGUCUCACUUGAGCAAACCUGUGGAAGUGUACAAGGAGAACCGUAAGAAAUCUGCGCCUGUGGGUUGGGUGUAUGUAGAUGAAGAGGAGGAGGAAGAUGAACAACAUUCAUCCUCAGCUACCGUUGACGACGAAAGUGAUCAACCAAGGAGAGGCGUGAAAUAUACCAAACGUAAGCGAAAUGAUAUUCCUAUCCCCAACUUCAAACGAGGUGAGAUUGUAUGGGCAAGAGUGACCGGUUAUCCUUCUCAUCCUGCUAAAUUCAUGAACUUGUCCGACGAGGAAACUUCACCCAAGAUUCUGGCUAGUCGACGUUAUAAAGGAGAUGUAUUGGUAGAGUUUCUACAAGUGCCUGAAAACCAUAAAUGGGGUUGGGUGGAGAGAAAGUGUAUUUGUGAGGUGGGUGAUCCAUUUGUGGAUAGGGCAAGAUUGUCAGAAUCGUUGGAUAAAAAGUACAAGAUGAGAUCGUAUAUUAUCCAGGAAGCCAAAGAAGGUUACCGUAAUGCUGGCUCUAUACUUGGCUUGGAUCCUGAACCUUUACUCGCUGCAGUAUUUGAUGAAGAUGUCAAACCUAAAAGGAAAAAGAAGCCCAUCAGGCGAUAACACAAUAAAAAUAAUUCAAAAGCUUGGC